CACAAUGGCCAACACCGGGUCGAACGCUUCAUCAGCAGCUCUCGACACCGUCUCGGUUGCGUCGUGGUCUUAUUCACCAGCCAAUCUGCGCCACCUCCAGCAGCCCGUCCCAAAUGACCUGCCGGCGCAAUGCGACUCUACCGUCUUCACCUUUGAAGAUGCCUUUGAGGAUCUGCUCACCGUCUCGCAGGGACGACCGCUGCCUGAUAUCAAAUCCAGGUAUAACCAGAGACAGCUGCUGAGACAAAUGUUUUCACACGGCGAGCCCACCUGGUUCUGGCUGCGAAGGCUGGAAUCUCAAGGCUUGCUCCGACGCCCCACUCAAGAUGAGCUUUACAGGCCACGCAAUUUUGGUCUGCUAGAGGACCAUGUUGAGCCUGCAUUCACAGAACCAAAUUGGAACGAUUGGUCAAAGCUGCAUGAAGAGCUGGACCGCAAGGCAGCUGAAGUAUGGAAGGGCGCCACCUCCGCCGAAGAAGACAACGGCCAGCCCAAGACCCACAGCUUCUUUGACGAUGUGCACCAGACAUUCAAACGGCUAGAGGAUAGUUUCUACGGCCGAAAUGGCUCACACGAUGAAGAGCAUAGCAGCCAGCACCAGAAACGCUUCCCUGACCACUUUGACGAUCUCUUUUCCUCUCUGAGCUCGACCUUUGCAGAAGGCCACAAGACGUGGGACACCUUUGUCAAGAGCAUCACGGAUCAUAAGCCCGUCUCUUCUGAGUACUCGGCCUCACAGCCACCCAGCUCCACCGAGGAAAAAGUAUACGAUAACGGGAAUAGGGAGGUUGUCACGAAAGAUGAAAAGAUCAACAGCUUUGGCUACUUGACGACGACGAUUACGAAAAAGACGUAUGAUAGGAAUGGUAAUGAAAUUGGCACUGAAACACACUUUACGAUGCGUCCUGCCGAAAAGACCCAGAAUGCCAGAGCGUUGGAAAAUGGCGAUGCAAAUGUCAUCGAGAGAGCGGAUGCAGACGCAGACGAUCAGCAGGUGCAGGAUAAGAAGUCAGGAUGGUUCUGGAAAUAAGCAUCUCGAGUUUUUUUCCUACCACAAAGAUUGGUUUUCGAGAGUCUCUCAGCUCACAUCUUGUAUAUAAUUCACCAUUAAUCAAAAGCAUAUAGCUCAGCCAACUUAGUAAUACUUUUAUACCCUCUAUACUCCUAAUCAAACAAGA